AUGUUCAUUGGAGGUCUCAACUGGGAAACCACCGACGAGUCGCUGACCAACUACUUUGCGCAGUUUGGCGAGGUGCUGGAAUGCACUGUCAUGCGCGAUCACUUUUCCGGCAAGUCUCGUGGAUUCGGAUUUCUCACCUUCAGAGACCCCAAGUGUGUGAACGCAGUCAUGGCCAAGGAGCACUACCUUGACGGAAAGAUCAUCGAUCCCAAGCGAGCUAUCCCUCGAGAAGAGCAGGACAAGACCAGUAAGAUUUUCGUGGGCGGAGUGGGCUCCGAUGUCACCGAAGAGGACUACAAGCAGUUCUUUGAGCAGUACGGCACCGUCAUUGACGCUCAGCUCAUGAUUGACAAGGACUCUGGCCGGCCUCGGGGAUUCGGGUUCGUCACGUUCGACUCCGAGCAGGCCAUGAACACCAUUCUGGCCCAGCCCCUGCUGAUUCUCAAGGACAAGCCCAUUGAGGUCAAGCGAGCCGAGAACCGGUCCAAGGGUGCCGGCGCUUCCGCAGUGGCCAAUGCAGUUGCGGGACCUUCCCAUGGAGGCGGCAACCACAACUACAACAACAAUCACAGCCACGGAGGUACUGCAGAUGCCGCCGCCGCUCCUGCCCAGAACUCCUACGGUGGCAUGACCCCCCAGGCCAUGACCCAAUGGUGGCAGCAGUACAUGCAAUACAUGCAGCAGGUACAGCAGAUGCAGGGAGGCGCUGCGGCCGACCCCGAAGCCCAGCAAGCCAUGAUGGCCCAGAUGAUGGCCCAGAUGCAGCAGCAGCAGCAGCCUCAGGGCCAAAGCCAUCAGCAGAGAGACAACCACCACCAGCAGUCGAGAGAGCGGGACCACCACAACGAUGAGUCGAGUGACGACAAUGAGAUGCGGCGAGUCGAUCGUGGCCGAGACGACCGUUCUGGCCGACGGGGCCGGGGUUACAACCAGUCUGACCGACGAUCUCGGUCUCCCGGAGUGCCCACUGGCCCUCGAGACGGCCGACAGAGAGGGCGACGGCAUGGAGGAGGUCGAGGACGAGAUCGACGAGACGGCGGACGAGCCCCAGGUUACCAUCCUUACGGAGGGAGCCGAGAUCGACAGCAGGGUCGAAGAGAUUAA